AUGAAGUACAAGGACCCAAAGCAGCCCAUCAACAUAAGAAUGAAGGACCUGAUGAGCAGGAUGACUCUGGCAGAGAAGAUAGCUCAGAUGACACAGAUUGACAGGGCCAGUGCUACCCCUGAGGUGAUGAGGAACUACUCCCUUGGCAGCUUGCUGAGCGGCGGAGGAAGCUUGCCCAUGACUAAUGCCAACGUGGAGGAUUGGGUGACGAUGGUGAAUGAGUUUCAGAAGGGUUCUCUUUCGAGCCGGCUUGGGAUUCCCAUGCUUUAUGGUAUAGAUGCUGUUCAUGGCCACAACAAUGUCUAUAAGGCCACUAUUUUCCCCCAUAAUGUUGGCCUUGGAGUUACCAGGGAUCCAGAUCUUGUGAAGAGAAUUGGUGCUGCAACCGCACUUGAAGUCAGAGCUACUGGCAUUCCUUAUGUUUUUGCUCCUUGUAUUGCCGUAUGCAGAGAUCCAAGAUGGGGUAGGUGCUAUGAAAGCUACAGUGAGGAUCACAAAAUUGUUCAACAAAUGACUGAAAUCAUAUCAGGCUUACAAGGCGAACUCCCCACCAAUUCAACGAAUGGUGUUCCUUAUGUUGCUGGAAAGAAUAAGGUUGCUGCUUGUGCAAAACACUUUGUGGGAGAUGGUGGCACCACCGAGGGUAUCAAUGAAAACAACACUGUCAUCGACUGGCACGGCUUGCUCAACAUCCACAUGCCUGCCUACUACAACUCCAUCAUCAAGGGUGUUUCUACAAUCAUGGUUUCCUAUUCCAGUUUGAACGGAGUCAAGAUGCACGCUAAUUACGAUCUUGUCACCCGAUUCCUCAAAGACACCCUAAAGUUCAGGGGUUUUGUCAUCUCGGAUUGGGCAGGCAUUGACAAGAUCACCACACCUGUCAAAGCAAAUUACACAUACUCAGUUCAAGCUGGGAUUUCAGCUGGCAUUGACAUGGUCAUGGUACCUUUCAAUCAUACUGAAUUCAUCGACAUUUUGACCGGUUUGGUGAAUGACAAUGUCAUACCGAUGAGUCGAAUUGAUGAUGCUGUCAGAAGGAUUUUGAGGGUCAAGUUCACUAUGGGUCUCUUUGAAAACCCCUUGGCAGAUCUCAGCAUGGUUGAUCAAGUUGGAAGCCAAGCUCAUAGGGACUUGGCAAGAGAAGCUGUGAGGAAAUCACUCGUCUUGUUGAAGAAUGGGAACAAUACAGAUAGUCCUUUGCUUCCUCUCCCCAGAAACCCUAAUCGGAUCCUAGUUGCCGGAACCCAUGCCAACAAUUUGGGCUAUCAAUGCGGUGGUUGGACCAUUUCAUGGCAGGGACUUAGCGGCAACAACCACACUAGCGGAACAACCAUAUUGAAUGCAAUCUCAACGGCAGUGGACCCAAGCACAGAAAUCAUCUACAGCGAGAACCCAGAAGCUGAUUUUGUGAAAUCCGCCAAGUUGUCUUACGCCAUUGUAGUGGUGGGAGAGUUUCCAUACGCUGAAACAGCCGGAGACAAUUUGAACCUAACAAUUCCAGAACCGGGCCUAAGUACAAUUUCCAACGUAUGCGAGAGCGUGAAAUGCGUUGUAAUCCUCAUCUCUGGUCGGCCUCUCGUGAUUGAACCCUACCUUUCAUCCAUGGAUGCUCUUGUUGCUGCUUGGCUACCAGGCAGUGAAGGGCAAGGUGUGGCGGACGCGCUUUUCGGGGACUAUGGAUUUACUGGUAAGCUUGCCAGGACAUGGUUCAGGACUGUAGAUCAGCUUCCAAUGAAUGUUGGAGAUUCACAUUAUGAUCCACUGUUUCCUUUUGGAUUUGGACUCACAACUCAGCCAGUACUAGGAUCUAGCUAG